AUGACUUGGCAAGAAGGGAUAUCAAAAUGUCAGGAGACAGGAGGGGAGAUGGUUGCGCCUUCAUCAGUUGAAGAAAAUAACUACAUAUUUAGUAAAACCUUCGAUCAUAAUAUGUGGAUUAAUUGCCAUGAUUUGGAGAUUGAAGGGCAGUGGGACUGCACUCCAGACAACGGCGGGUAUAGGAACUGGAACAUGUAUGAGCCAGACGGCGGAGAAAGAGAAAUCUGUGUUGAGCUUGAAAUUGAAACAGGACAGGGUAGAUGGCAAGAUAACGCAUGCUUGGAUGAAGACCAGGUUAUCUGCAAAUCCAAGGAAGUCUUGGCUACACAGGCCAGUUAA